CCGAGUGAGUCACAUGUCAGAGCACAAGGGAAACAGAGAACGUGCACUAUUUAGAAGCAGAUCUGGGAUCCCCCUCCCACUCAAUCCAGCGCUCCCCCACACUACCCUGCUUCUUGCUCCCCUCUGCUCCCCAAACUAUAGAGAGAGAGAGAGAGAAGCUCAGAGUUCUGAGUGAGCUUCACUGCUCACUUCCCCACCGACCCAGAUGGCCAAAAUGAGUUUUCAGGGAGACAACAGCUGCUGCUGAGCAGUUGACGCUUCCUUUCUUCUUCUUCUGCAGAGAGAGCAUAGAGAAGGUGGUGGUUUGGUGUUUGCAGUGAGUUGAUUUGGGUGUUGCCAUGCUGGGGAGGGAGACAGAGCAAGAAAGGGAGUCUGAAGAGAAAGAACCGUACUCUGCAGAAGCACGAAGCUAGCUAGCUAGCUGGUAGCUGUAGUCUUUGAUUUCAAUUUGGGAAAGGGAUAGAGAAAGGGACCUGCUUGGUCUUGGUUUUUACUCCUCUUGCCCUCUGCUUCUGCACCUUUUGUGUUUUUACUUGCAUACAUAUUUUUCUUUAUACAGAAAUUCAACAACCAAUUUUUUUUUUUUUUUGCCCUUUUGGCAAAGGCAACCCUCCGCAAUCAGCAUCCUCUCCUUUUCCAUCUUCCCCCCACGGGAAUACUCCUUUCACCACUUUCUUUUCUUUUCUUUUCCUUUUUCUUUUCUGUAGUUUCUUCUGCCGGAGCAAGGGAGAGAAAGACGGUCUCCUCUCCUCUGGCUAUUAUUCUGUUCUUGUUGAGACCAAAACAGUAGCAUACUCCGUUUCUCUAAGAAUCAUGGAUGCUUAUGAAGCCACUAGAAUAGUUUUCUCCAGGAUCCAGAGCUUGGAUCCUGAAAACGCUGCCAAGAUCAUGGGUCUUCUCCUCAUCCAAGACCACGGCGAAAAGGAAAUGAUUCGCCUGGCUUUCGGACCCGAAGCUCUGGUUCACUCUGUAAUUCUCAAGGCUCGGACUGAGCUGGGACUUUCGUCGAACUCCUCGACUGCGUCUUCCACACCGUCGCCGCCGUCUCCUACGCCGUUUCUCUCCAGCAACCACCCCACUUCCGUGUCCCGUCAGAACUCCUUAUCUUCUCCCCGGGUACUCGGUGGCGCCGCUGGCGGCGGCGGGGUUAGUCUUCCAACCUCUCUCUCCAUCCCUUCUUCUUGGGCUUCGCCGAUUUUCUCCGAUUUUCAAAACCCAGAAGAUUUGAUCAGCCCCAACUCGUAUAGAGCUCAGGCUAGCAACGGAAUCGACAGUUUAGCACCUGGAUCGAACUCUUCUUCCUUCAAUUCUUCUUCCACUGCUUCGUCUUCUCCCUUUUACGGGAACGACUUGAUGGACGACUUUCAGCUGCAGGAACAGCUCUCCUUCCUCAACGACGGGUCCCCGACGGUGGGCGCCAAAAACCCAGAAGUGUUUUAUCCGCAGCAGCAGGAUCUGACGUACGGCGGCGGCGUCGGGAAUUGGGGCGGCGUUGCGGGGAACGGCCUCCAUCACCGUCGGAGCUGUUCCGUCAACGACGCUUGUUUGAGUUCUGACGACCCAGGUUCCGGAUUCGGGUGGAGACCUUGCCUCUACUUCGCCAGAGGCUACUGCAAGAACGGAACCACUUGCAGGUUCCUCCAUGGCGGCGAUUCGGCCGCCGUGGUGGGCUCAGACCCCGCUGCUGUUGUUGGGUCCCCUAAUAAGUUCGAGAUGAUGGAGCAGUGCCAGCAGGAGCUACUCAGGUCUAAAUCUGCACAGCAGCACAGGUUAGCCUCAGCUUCUCAUCAGCUCAUCGCCUCAUCUGCUUCUGGUUUUCCCUACUCUGCAAGCAAGUGCGUCAAUUUUUUCCUACAGCAGCAACAGAAUGACAGCCAGAGGGCGGCGGCGGCGGCGGCGUUGAUGAUUGGCGAAGACAUGCACAAAUUUGGGAGAUCUCGGUUUGAAAGAAAUGAUUUCUCGAUGAAUAACCCGGGUUCCAGGCAAAUCUACUUGACGUUUCCGGCGGAUAGCACUUUCAGAGAGGAAGAUGUUUCCAAUUAUUUCAGCAUCUAUGGACCAGUCCAAGACGUGAGGAUUCCAUACCAGCAGAAGCGGAUGUUUGGGUUUGUAACUUUCGUUUACCCUGAGACUGUCAAGAUCAUUUUGGCCAAGGGGAACCCUCACUUUGUGUGUGAUGCCCGGGUUCUGGUUAAGCCCUACAAGGAGAAGGGCAAAGUCCCAGACAAGUACAGAAAGCAGCAGCAACAACAGGUUGAGAGAGGAGAUCAGUUUUCAGCAUGUAGUACCCCCACUGGCUUAGAUUCACCAAGAGACCCUUUUGAUCUCCAGCUUGGAGCAAGAAUGUUCUACAAUAGCCAGGACAUGUUGUGGAGAAGAAAGCUGGAGGAGCAGGCUGAUCUACAGCAGGCAAUUGAACUUCAAGGUCGAAGACUAAUGAGUCUGCAGCUUCUGGAUGUGAAGAAGUCCCACAACCUCCAACACCACCGCACCCUCUCCUCACCCAUUCAGUCCCCCACGCCUCACUCUCCCAGCUUGUUCACCCCUCAAUCUCUCAUUCUUCCAUCAGAUCGGGUCAGCCCAGAAGCUCCACAUGAGAAUUGUUCUAGCCCAGCAGUCAUAUCCACUACUGCUCCUGCGACUGCAUUAGAGAAAGAACCCGGCGGCAAUGGUGUGGAGAGCGGCCCUCGUGAAGAAACUGAUUUGCAAGAAAGCUUGGAGCACAACCUCCCUGAUAGUCCGUUCGCAUCUCCCACUAAGGCUGUCAGCAGUGAGUGUGUGUCUGCAUUCUCCAUGGCAACCAGCGAGGCUGAGAAGAGCAAUGCUGCAGUGUCGCCACCUGCUGCUGCUGCUAACAAUGAUCCUAUUGCUUCUUCUUUGCUUCUAGCCAGCUCUACACUGGACAUGGCUUCCUUCAAAUCAUGUUAUUUCCCAAUGCCCAGGUUUUCUCCCAGCCAUGGAGCAAUCGGAAUGUAGGCCAAGGCAGCAGCCGGCUUGUCGGGCUUGGCUUCCUUGGGAAGAAUGAUUCAUAGGUGUAACCAAACAAAACCCGAAUCCGACGAGAUCACAUCACCAGUACCAUCAUAAUUAUCGUUAUCAUCAUCAACAAUUAAUAAUAGUAUACUAGUACUUACUACAAUACAAAUAUUGCAUAGGUAGAAGGCAGAGUGGGGGGCGGAGAUGAGGCCAUAUUUUCCAUCCAUCCAAUCCCUUACUCAUCAUUUUCUAAUAUAGUUGAAGAAGUUGGACCCACAAUUCCUCAUCAUACACACCGGGAUUAAAAAAUCACAGAAAGAUGAAACAAAUGUGUAUUAAGUCCUAGAGAAGGAACUGCAGUAGUUUCCUUUCUUUCCCUGCCCCUUUCGUGGCUCCUCAAAUGUAAUACACUGUGACGGAUUUCAACUGCAUUUAGUCUGUAGGGUUCUAUGUUGGUAGGAAAAACAGUUAAAAUCUUUGUACAGCAGAAGCCCGCUAAUAGAUGCAGCAGCAGGAAACCAAAUGCAAAGAGGGGUAACAAGGAAUUGAAAGCAAGGAUAACUACAAGACUGAUCCCAAACCCAAAAGUGGAAGCUGUAGAAGCUGUAUUUGCAGUUAAAAGGGGCACCAAAAAGAGAGGGAAAGAAAGGUGGGAAGGUAAAUUAGUCCGCUGAGCUCUACUCACAAACUUGGGAUUUUCUACCAUUAGUCCAUUACUACAUUAUGUUGUUGCUGUGAUACACUGUAUUGUGAAACCCAAAAAGAGAAGGGAAGGAAAUUAGGGAAAAAAAGAAGAAGAAAUGAAAUAGUUUCAAA